GCUUCGGUUUGAAGAGAAUACGCCAUAUUGAAUCACCGUAGACUUCUGCUAGCGAUUUUUAGCUAGCUGUUUGAAAAGGACCAGUCUUCUAAUGGUCUUCAUUUGGCGUUACCAUUUCUCUCUGUCUUUGUAACACGGGUUAUUAUCACAUUUCUUUAGUCAGGGCAGUAGUGUAUUUUUAACGGGCACAUUGAUUUGCUUGAAGGGGGUUCAGAAAAAAAGUUGAAUGGAUCCGAGGCUGGCUUGGAAUCAGCCCGAGCAGAAAGGACCUGCGAACGCAUUAUGGAUGCGAAUCUGGGAGAUUUCUCAGGUACGAGCGAGCUCCGGUCAGCAUCAUAAUAAUCAGAACCACAACCUGUAUGGGAAUUAUCCAGCGUUGGACGUUUAUAAAAAUGUUGCGGCAUUGAGCAAUAGCAUUUGCAGCAACACCACUGCUAGUAUGAGCAGCAGCCAUCACUGUAUUUCAAACCGCACUACUUCUAAUCACGGCACUGCAUUUUCCUCCUACGGGUCAACGUUACCCAAAGGCAACGUACAGAACAUAUUGACUCCGUCCAACGCGAACGGUAACAGUGUAACGACAGAUUUGUUGGGAGACAGUGGAAUGCCCCAAAAGACGGAAUCUGGAACGGACAGUCCAUCUUCGAACUGCUCGUUGGGAAGGACUUGCGGUGGCAAUGUAACGGGAAAUAGUAAUAAAAAUCCUGGAGGUGCCAAUCUGUUUUUUAGCUUCAGUGAAAGCAUGCAUAAUAAUGUCAACCAAUACCACCACCAAAGACAUCAUCAGGAUCACCCUCAGUACAAUUUCCAACAUAAUUGUGUGAAGCGUCACCCGCCAUCACCCUUAAAUAACCACACUCACCAUCCAGGCCGAAGGAAAAGUGACAACAAGGCGAGCACCUAUGGGAUUAAUUACUUGCUUUCUAACUGGACUAAUGACAACCAUGUUAGCUCGGGGACUGGAACUCCUUGGAAGACGAGGAAAUACAGCCCCGGUGUUGAUGGUCUCCAUGAGGAGGUGGUGGACUUCUACAACUUCAUGUCUCCCCAACCCGAGGAGGCUUCUAUGAGGAAGGAGGUGGUCAACAGAAUCGAGACGGUCAUCAAGGAGCUGUGGCCUACUGCCGACGUGCAGAUAUUUGGCAGCUUCAGCACUGGACUCUACCUACCCACAAGUGACAUAGACCUGGUGGUGUUUGGGAAGUGGGAACGCCCUCCGUUGCAGCAAUUGGAACAGGCCCUCCGGAAACACAACGUGGCGGAACCUAUCUCCAUCAAAGUGCUGGACAAAGCUACGGUGCCAAUCAUCAAGCUGACUGACCAGGAGACAGACGUCAAAGUGGACAUCAGCUUCAAUGUGGAGACGGGAGUCAAAGCUGCUCUCUUCAUCAAGGACUACACAAAGAGGUAUCCCGUGCUGCCUUACCUGAUCUUUGUGCUGAAGCAGUUUCUGCUCCAGAGAGAUCUCAGCGAGGUGUUCACUGGAGGAAUCAGCUCCUACUGCCUCAUCCUGAUGGUCAUUAGCUUCCUCCAGCUCCACCCAAGAAUUGACGCCAGUAGCCCCAACAUCAACUUCAUUCUGCUGAUUGAGUUCUUGAGCUUACGCCGCCAUUUUAACUACCUGAAGACGGGCAUCCGGUCAAGAACGAGGGGCCUACAUGCCAAGGAGGACAUGACGAAGGUUAUGAACAACGGCUACAGACCUCCAUGCUCUGUAUAGAGGACCACUGAUG